AUUUGAAAGAAUUGAUAAACUGCGAUUACGUCUGGCACCGUGGGAUAUUGGUGAGCCAAAUUUAAGGAAUGGUGAGUGUGUUGCAUUGAGAAUUGGUAAAAAUGGUCCUGCAUGGUUCAUCGAUGACUGCAUGAAACGUAAACCGCUUGUUUGUCGGCUUACAAGCGAGGAACCGAUGAGUAUGGUACCACAAACAGUACGUUGUCCAGAUGGGAAAGAAGAUUGGAUUCUUGGCGAGACACAUUGCUAUUAUUUAGUUAGUAAUGCAUCAAUGUUCAGUUCAGGUUUCAAAGCCGAUCAUGACUGUUUUAAGGUAAGUAUGAAAGAAGGCAUGACUGUUUUACGGUAA